AUGGCACGCCAUGCCAGCGGUCUGCUCGGUGGCAUCGUUGCUUUCGAAGGUCGUCCCGAGACCGUCUCGACCCAGCUCAGGCUGCUCCCAACCUCUCCUCUGCUUCUCAUCCUUCCGAGCGUUCAGUGCUAUCUCCCCGUCGACUAUCCGGACCGGGACUUUGACGCUCGAGAACAUGUUCGGCAGGUGCAGGAUGCCUUCACCGCACGCAACGAGGCCGCCCGCGCCUUCUUGCAAGGCUCCACGCCGACCAACAAACGUCUCGUCUUCAUGAAUGGCGGUGCUCCCAGCGCCCAAGCUCUCUGUAUCAAAGCCAUCAUGAAGUACGAGACGUUUGGUGCCAAGGCCGAGGCUGCUGCCAUCUUUGAUCAUCUCGUCAGGGACGGGCUGGCAGGCCUGCGUCGCGGUCCUGGGCACAGCAUCGGCAGGAACUCGGCUGGACCCGUGUCGAACGAGCGCCCCCGAAGCGGUGAUUUCGACGAUCCCAUCACGAGGGCCAUGAGAGCCGCCGACGCUCUCGACCGCCAGACGGCAAACCUGCAACCCGCCGGCGACUUUGACAUAUUGGCUUGCACUCGUCAGCGCAGUUCUAGCCUACCCUUGUACGGGUACUCGGAUGAGUUUGGCGACGCCGCACCCUUCCUCGUAUUUGGUGCCCGAAGGGAAAGCCAGUGCGAGGACGCCGUUUCUCCCUCGGCCGCAAGCCCUCCCAUCAUGGGCCUGGACGAGUCGCCAUGGCAGAAGAGCACCCGGCUUCCUUCUGCCGCCUCCGACUCGCCCCCAUGCUCACCCACCUGCGUCGGGGUGGCGUACAGCCCCGAGCCGGUCCCGGCCUGCGACGAGGUCGACGACUUGUCGCCCAUGUCCGACGUCUUCAGCAUUCACACCAUCGACAAUGUCGUCUACGGAGAAGCCUCCCUCCUCGACAUGCGGCCUUCGGUCCGUCCGAGGUCACUGGCGAGGGUCAAGUCGCUCGACAGACUCUUUCCCGCGAGCCCCAAAUUUAGAGACCUCUGCACGCCGUCCGCGUCUUGGCUUGGGGAAUCGGAAGCUCGGAAAUCGCGUCGGCCCCAGUCGUUGAUGCUCGUCACCGACGCCAGGGACGCCAGUCGGAGCCGCCUCAGCAGCAUAGAGCAGCCUCGGACCGUCAUGAUCAACUCGAGACUGUCACUUGCCAACAAUGCGAUGCCGUCGCGAGAGACGGAGAGCGCCGCGGAACAUCGCCCGACGUACGUCGACCGCGGCACGGAUGCCAACGAGCAUUCGACGCAGAAGCCUCCAUUUCAACCCGUUUUCGCCUGUACCGAAGACCUGGUGGUCUAUUUGAAGGAAGGUACCCCCGACGGCGUCCUCGAGUCGGCCAUCAACUCAAUCAAGGAUGGCCGCUACCCCCUGAUUUCACCCUCACCGCCAGCAUCAGUCUCGGAAGGCUGGCACAAGCCUUCCGGGACGCCAAAUUCUCGGGCGACGCGGAGAGGCAUGUGCUCGAAUGCGGCGUCGGAAGGAGACGCGGCUGCGUUGACCCCAUCGCCCAACGACGGCGACGACGAUUCUUUUGCUUACGCGGAGCCUCGAUCGCAGACCAGGAGGCCGUCGCACGUCGCGCUGAAGGUGACCAUUGUGAGGUCGCCAACACCGCUCCGGACGCCGCCAUCCUCCGUCGUAACGACGGAGAGCGAACAGCUGGUUCACGAGUUCGCCAUCGCACCCGACCAAACGGCGGUCGCGGUUCAGAACUCUCUUCGAUCUAUCCUCGGCAACUAUUUCCCUCCCGAUACCGACGGUUAUCACCAAUUCCACUUUUCUCUCCUCCCCGAGCUGGACGCGCUGUGGAAGCCCAUCUUCCGUACAACGGGCCGCGGCAACCUCCAGAAAGUGGUGCAUGGGGACAUGAGCCAAAUUCUUGCCAUAGGAUCUCAGGUUGGGGUCAAGAAGGAGUAUUCGGAUGCCAUCACAGGUCAGUUGGAGAAGCUUGGGAGCAAGUCGAGCCAUCUCGGCAGAGCAGAUCGGCUUGACUUUCGCUAUCUCCUGGCCAAUGCGAUGCAAGCCUUCACGGCCCAGCCUCUUGCAAACCAGACAUCGGACAAUCCUUUCACCAACUCGUACCUGCUCGCGACCCUGAUCGUGCCUCACCUGGAAACGUACCUGGUUCUGCACUCCGAGGUCCGAUACUUGCUGCUGCAGUACCCCCCUGAGCACCUGGCAACGAUGCUGGCCUUGCAGAAACUCGUCGGCGUCGACCUGAUGAAGGUGGCGCAAAUAGUUGAUUCCGGCAGCAAAGACCACGCGCCUUUCACCCACAUCCGAGGCGCCUCCAUCGGCAGCAAGCCCGAGUCGAGUCCGAACACGCGGUCGUCGCCGUCGCCGAGGUCGCCGCCCGACGUUUCCGUCUCGGAGGCGAACUUCCUUCUCACCUCGGCCGCUUCUGACAAGGACAUUGCGAAUUUCGUGUCCACCGUCUGGAAUUUCCCUGCCGACAUUUCGGAUUCGGAGGAGUGUUCGGGUCCAAACACUCCAGAGCGGCCGCCUCGGCCGACGCCAUCCACGUUUCCCAGGCCGACUGCUCGUAAGGUGAGAGAAGGAAGCUGUUCUUCCGUUUCUACUUUCGAGCGAGAGGUCUCAGUCUCGCCAAAAACUUUGGCGCUUACCUCGCCAACGGCACGUCCCGAUUCGGCCUCGGAUACGGUGGUAACGUUUACGUCAAGCGAGGGCGACGCAAGUCGGAUGGAUAAUGCCGCAUCAUAUGAGGAUACGGAGGCGGAAGAAGUCGUGGCGUUUGAUCACAUCGACGACAGCGACUGCGACAUUGACGAGCGCAGGCUGAUGCCAAUGUUCCUGAGAAAGCGUAUUUCCCAUGGACCUAAUUCUCGCAAAGCGUUGAAGUUUCUUGGCCUGGCAUAG